GAUGCAGCCUUAGCUAGGAGUGAUGAAAAAGAUGCUCCGAUUAUGGCACAUAGGGAUUUCACAAGAGAAAGAAGAGCCAUAGAGGACUGUUCAGGCCUCCGGAAAGAUCUUGAUGAGAUGAAGAUUAAAUGUAGGGAUUCUUAUAAAGUAGCGAAGAACAAUAUUGAUGGUCUUAAAAGCGAGCUGAAUGGUCUUGUUAAACAAGUCAGUACCAGUCCAGCCAAGGAUGUCUUAAACAUUCUCCAGAAAGUCAUUGACCUACAGGAGCUGGACGCGAUAAUAAGCACUGAGAGAGAUGCCACAAAGAUUGAAAGACUGGACAAGCGUCGAAAGGAUGCAGAGAGAGACUUAGCAGGGAUGAAGACAGAAUUCUCAGGAAGUGUAGAAAUUUUCGAGCGGGCAGUUUCAAAGAUAAGCACAGAGACACUGAAAAGCGAUAAGGCAACCUCAACACCUCUUAAUGAAUUAAAGAAAUAUCUGGAAGACAAGCUCCAACAACCAGGGGAAAAAGGUGGCAUUACAGACCAGGUGCUGCAGACUGUUAUAUUGCAAAUGAAAGCAAUGGAACUGAAGACGCGUAUCUCCGGUAAAUUUAAGACGCAAGCGCAGAUGGAUGUAAUUAUAAGCAAACUGGAGUAUAAAAAUGGCCUUCUAUCAGAUCUGAAAGAGGAACGAGAAGUGAGGAGAGAAAACAGAGAAAAAAUUGAUAUACUCAUAGCAGCACUGGAGAAAGAAAUAUUAGAGCUGAACGGCAAAUUAUCAGCUCUUAAACAAGUAUUUGUUCAGCUUGAUGAACAGACAAAUGAAUUUGAUGGGAAAAGAAUAGAAAUAAUGGACAAAAUUGCCAAAUUUAAGGGAAAAGAUGAGAUAAUUUCUAGAGUUCUUAAACUCCAGUUUGAAUUUAUGGAGGCACUAAUUACGGGACAGGGACAAAUGAAAGCAGACGAAUUUAAGAUAAAUGAUCUCCAGAAAGAGCUUGGAAAGGAACAGGACAGGGCAUUAUAUCUGGAUGCUGACAACAAAAGUUUACGCAAAAAGCUGUUUGUCCAGGCAGAACAAUGCAAAGACCUGAUGGAUCUGUACAUGAAUGCAGAAGCUGAACUGGAUAUUCAAGUAAAUAAUAUAUUAGAUAAAACCUCAAAGGCAGCUCUCCAGAUUAUUUUGCUAGGCUUUGAAAUAGACCAAAUAAUGAAGCAAAUUAAAGCAUCCUCAUCUAAUGACGAUUUGAAGCGAAUACGGGAUGAAAAACUCAAAGAACUGACGUUGAAAAAGGAGGAACUUCAGAAAAGUGACGCUAGCUCUGAAAAAAUUCUUAAAGUGAUAUCACAGAUGGAGGAAAUCUGGAAGAUACAGAGUGAAGAUCCAGACAACUUAAAUAAAAUCAGCAAUCUGCAGAAGGAUCUCCUGAACUUGAUAAGCAAAUUAGAUGAUAAAAUGGCUUCAAAACCAAUGCUGAAAAUCAUUGCUCUUCAGUCUGAUGUUACCUGGAUAAGAGAAAUGCUGAAAACUGUGACUACACAGGCUGAGAUCCAGAAAGCUGAGCUUCAAAAGGCACUGGAUGACGUAAAACGUUUGCUGAAUGAAAAAAACAAAGAGCUGGCUGCUGCGACCGGUGAUGUUAGUCAGAUACAGAAAGAUAUUGCUGCUCUGAAGAAAGAAGUUUUGACAUUGCAAAUCCAAAAAGACACAACUGAAAGGAAUGCAAUGCAGAAGAUUAAAGAUCUUCAAGAUAAACUAAAACAUAGUGAUGAGGCAUUGGAUGAUGCCAAUAAAUCACUAAAAGAGAAGAAUGCCACAAUAUCACAACAAAUUGCAAAGAUCAACAAUCUCUUAGACGAAGUGAGAACCUUGAAACAACAAGUGCAAGAAAAAGGAUCCCAAGUAAAUGCUAGAAUAGCUGAUCUUAAAAGGAGCCUAACGAUGAAGGAGGAAGAAAAUGCCCAAAUUCGUGCUGAGAAUGAAAAGCUGAGAAAAGAUUGUGUGGACACUGCUGAAUGCCCUGAACUCCAGAAAAAAUAUAACGAAAUGCAGGCUGCAUAUAACGAUACCAUUUCUAAGCUGAACAAUGACAUUCUUAAGAAGGCUUAUAUCAUUAAAAGUCUAAUGGAUGAAGUUCAGUACCUGGAUGAGCAAACCGCACAAGGAGGUAAUGAAGAACUAAAGCUAGAACUUGAAGAAAAGAAAAGAGAAUUGAAGGAGGCAAAGCAGAAAUUGCAUGCUGAGGGAUCCAUAUCAGCCAAAACUCUGGAUGUACUUGAGUUGUUAACUAAUAUAGGGAAGCUUCAAGAAAAUCCAACUGAAGACAAUUCAGAAAAGAUCCGCAAACUGGAAGCUCAAUUAAAUGGUUUGCUGGCUGAGUUGCAAAACUCUGGAGAGGAAGGGCUUGGACUGGCCUUGAAAAUAAUGUCUAUAAAGGAAUCAAUGUCUAAACUAAAACAAGCACAAGCACAAAUGCAAGAGAAAUAUGCAAAGGAAAUCAAUGGAUUGAAGAAUCAAAUAGAGAACAAAGAAAAAGAGAUUUUGCUGUUGCAGGCUAACUGUGAACUGUCAGAUAAGCUGAAGGACAGGAUACAAAAUCUAGAAAAGGAGCUAGAGGAAAGCAAACAAAAUGUUAAAAAACUGCAACAAGAAUCAAACGAUAAGAUUGCAUCACUACAGAAACAAAUUAAAUCAAAGGACCAGCAGCUUGCUAACACUGAAGAUCAACUGCAAAAGUCAAAUGCUGAAAAUGCUGCUUUGAUCAAACAGCUGAACAAUCUGAAUGAUGACUUGAAGAAACUCAAAGAGGAGAAAAAUAAGGCACUGCAGAAUGCAAAAGAAGAAAUUGACGGUUUAAAAGAGAAAUUGCAAAAACAGGAAAGAGCGCUUACUGAAAAGGAUUGGUACCUGAGGGAGAAAAAUGAAGUCAUUGCUGCAUUGAAAAAGCAACAGGACAAUAUGAAGGGCGAGCUUGAAAAAGUAAAGAACAAAAACAGAGAGCUAGAGACAGAGCUUAAAGCAAAGGACCAGCAACUUGCUAAAACUGAAGCCAAACUAAAGGAAAUAAAUGCUGAAAAUCAAGACUUGGUUCACAAGCAGAAGAAACUUGAAAAGGAACUACAACAAAUUACAGGGGAGAAAAAUGAAUUACAGGAAGAAAUCUCUGAUCUAGAAAAGACAUUGGAAGCAAAAAAACAAGAACUUGCUAAGAAGGACCAGAAACUCCAGGAGAAGGACAAAGAAGUUGCUACACUGCAAAAGGAAAAUGCAGAUACAAAGGCCGAGCUUAAAGAAGAGAAAAAAAUAAUAAACGGUGUGAUCAAUGAGAACGAGAAACUUAGACAAAACCUGGAUGAGACUAAAAAGAAAGUAGAGGAACUUAAGGAAAUUAUAAGUGAAAAAAAAGAACCUCCUAAGAGUGGUAAGUUUGUGAUCUAG